GGUGAGAGAGAGAAAAAAAAAAAAAAAAAUUUCGGAAGAUUCUCCUAAUUUUCUUCCACUCCGGCGUCUCAGAUUUCUUCCUCUUCAGUUGCUAAUCGAAGAUGUCAGGACGUGGUAAGGGAGGCAAGGGUUUGGGAAAGGGAGGAGCAAAGCGUCAUCGGAAGGUGCUCCGGGAUAACAUUCAGGGAAUCACCAAGCCGGCGAUUAGGCGUCUGGCUCGUAGGGGAGGCGUGAAGCGAAUCAGCGGUCUGAUCUACGAAGAGACCCGUGGAGUUCUUAAGAUCUUCUUGGAAAAUGUGAUCAGAGAUGCCGUCACCUACACUGAGCACGCUCGCCGGAAGACGGUCACCGCCAUGGAUGUGGUUUAUGCUCUCAAGAGGCAAGGCCGUACUCUCUACGGAUUCGGCGGUUAGGUUUUCUUUAGUUGGGGAAUUGGGGUGAGGGUUAUGGAGGUUUGGGCAUUUUACUUGUUAUAAGAAUCUGCAAUUGGUUUGUUCUGUUCUGGCCCAUUUUCUCAGUGGGAUUAUUAUGGAUUUAUAUUCUUAUUAGUAGUAGUAAUUGUUGAUGUACUUAUCUUAGUAUGAAUUUAGUUCCAUCUCGAAUUGAAAAACUUCAAGCUCUAAUUAUUAUCUCUCUAUAUCAUCUGAAUGCCAAUGCAAACUGUGACUUUUCAAUUUUCA